AUGUUCCAUACUCAAGGAGCUUUCAAGAACACUUGCCAUCUCCUUGCUGUUUUAAGUUCGAGAAGUGCCGAGAAUAAGCCGAAUCAGAAUGUUUCGGAGGAGAAGAGAAAGUUUCCUUUUCCAGAAAUUGUGUCUUCGGGGCGUCUAGAGGUCCAAACACUGAAAAAUCCGAGUAUAGAUGAAUUCAGGAAAGUUCUAGAUCUGUGGCAGCCAAAUCUUGUGUACUUCCAGGGGAAGCAUUUGCCAAGUGAUGAAGUUGGGCCAGUCGUCUGGGAAGGGCUCGAUUUGUCAUCUCCCCAAGCUCUAUCGGGUCUUUUUAGCUCCACAUUGCCAACUACUGUUUAUUUGGAAGUACCGAAUGGUGAAAGGUUUGCCAAGUCUCUUCAAUCCAAGGGCAUUCCUUAUGUAAUGUAUUGGAAGAAUUCAUUUUCAUGUUAUGAGGCCAGCCAUUUUCGUCACGCACUGUUUUCUGUAAUACAAAGCUCAUCUUGCCAUACUUGGGACGCUUUUCAACUUGCGGAGGCUUCUUUUAGGCUUCACUGUGUUCGAAAUAAUAUUGAUGAUGACCAAAAGGUAAAUGACGACUUUGGCCCUACUAUACUUGGGGAGUCCCCAACGAUCACUGUUGAUGUUCCUGAGAUGGAGGAGCCUGUGGAUGAUGAAGAAAGCUCGUCUGGUUCACUUCCUGCAAUAAAGAUAUAUGAUGACGAUGUGAAUCUGAGGUUUCUUGUUUGUGGAGUGGCAAGUUCUUUGGAUGCUGGCUUGUUGAGCUCUUUGGAAGAUGGUCUAAAUGCCCUUCUAAGUGUUGAAAUGCGAGGGAGCAAACUUCAUAACCGGGUGAGCGCUCUUCCUCCACCCCUUCAAGCUGCCACAUUUUCCCGUGGGGUUGUAACCAUGCGGUGUGAUUUGUCAACCAGUAGCUCGGCUCACAUUUCCCUUUUAGUUUCGGGUAGUGCUCAGACGUGUUUCGAUGAUCAGCUAUUGGAAAAUCAUAUAAAAAGCGAAAUAAUCGACAAAACACAGCUGGUUCAUGCACCGAUAAACUCUGAAGAGUAUAAACAGCCCGUCUCUGAACCACGAAGAUCAAUCUCAGUAGCUUGUGGAGCAGCAGUUUUCGAAGUCAGUAUGAAGGUUCCGGCUUGGGCUUCACAAGUCCUGAGGCAACUAGCACCCGAUGCAUCGUACCGUAAUUUAGUCGCACUUGGUAUAUCCAGUGUACAGGGCUUAGCCGUAGCCUCGUUCGAGAAACAAGACGCUGAUCGGCUCCUCUAUUUUUACGCAAAACAGCUGAAAAAUAGCAAUUCGAACAACCUAAUAGUCAUUGCCCCUCCAUCUUGGCUUAAACCACCUCCUCCAAGUCGAAAAAGACCCUCAAUUUCCCAAGAAAACAUUCAAACCGGCAUCAAACAAGAAAACAAUAACGAGACUAAGGAAAUCGGGUCGAAUGGGCUUAGUGGGUCCUUGCAAAAGUUUAAAAUAGCUGCCCUAAGGCCCAUUCCACACGUUCGCCACCAAAAGAUGCUUCCUUUUUCAAGACUUGCGGAUAUGGAUUUGAACGAUGGUAUUCAGAUGAAGUCCAACUUGCCUAAUGUUCAGAUAAAACACAGUAGUGUUGGUGGCAAUCCUGUGUCCAAUCGAAAAUCAGCUUCGGCUUCAUAUCAGGCGAAGCAGGUCAUAUCAUUGAAUCCACUUCCUUUAAAGAAGCACGGUUGUGAAAGGAGCUCGUUGCAUGUUUGCUCUGAGGAAGAAUUUCUGAAGGAUGUAAUGCAAUUUCUAAUCCUCCGAGGGCAUAAUCGUCUCAUUCCCCAAGGUGGGCUUGCCGAGUUCCCAGAUGCUAUACUCAACGCAAAGCGUCUUGAUCUCUUUAAUUUGUACCGUGAGGUGGUCACGAGAGGAGGUUUUCAUGUCGGCAAUGGCAUCAAUUGGAAAGGGCAGGUUUUUUCAAAGAUGCGCAAUCACACAGUGACUAAUAGAAUGACCGGAGUUGGAAAUACCCUCAAAAGGCACUACGAAACUUACCUUUUGGAAUACGAAUUAGCUCAUGAUGAUGUCGAUGGGGAAUGCUGUUUAUUGUGUCACAGUAGCGCGCCCGGUGAUUGGGUCAACUGUGGCUUGUGUGGGGAGUGGGCCCAUUUCGGUUGCGAUCGAAGACCUGGUUUGGGUGCCUUCAAAGAUUAUGCCAAGACGGACGGGCUGGAAUACAUAUGCCCUCAGUGCAGUGUUUCGAACUAUAAGAAAAGGAUGAACAAAUCAGGAAAUGGUUAUUCUUGA